AUGGCGUGUGGCGAGAACCCGAAGCACCUGUAUGGGCAUACCCGACUCGGCAAUGUUUGGCUUCUAAGACAGCACUUGGAAAAGGCACAGAAGCUCAAGUCGAAGCAGGAAGCUUGGUGCCAAAGAGCUCAGCAACUCCAGUCCGGUGGUCUAUGGCAAGAAAGCCGAGUGUCCCGAUUUGUGAACAAAGUAGGCGAGCGACCGGAAGAUUUGGAACUAGACGCAACGGUGGCUCUUCUCAGAGGAGAGUUCAACGUCAACAUCCACUGCUAUGAACCCGAAGACUUUGAGCGAAUGCUCGAUGUGCUCCAUGAGUUUGGGGUUCAUCCGCAGGCCUUCCAUCAUGCUCUCGAAGCUUGGCAGGUUCCUGAGUUUCUCAAGCAGCAGGAAGAAAACAUCACUAUUGCCACCUUUGCCGAGAACUCGCUCUUUAAGCAUGAAGCCUACGGCGCGAACCUUCGAGGGCCCAAGAUUCUCGAUGAUCAUGGCAUCCGCGUGGUUUUGAAGUCGGUUAGUAAUCAUCGUUUCCGCAUGAAGUUCAGGAUCUUUGACUAA